AAAAAUGUGAGGAUCUACGAGGCGGUUUCCUUUUGGGUGCAACCGCGCCUUUUUUCUGUGUGCAAACUUAACGUUUGUGCCACACCAACCGUCGUCUGUUUAGAGAGUGAGUCCAUAGUCGUUACAGUCACCAAACGGAACAAUAUUCAAACGACAACGCCCACAAAAUCGUCCGAAGCAGCAAAGGAAUUUGGUCCUUGUCGACUUGUUGUUGAGACAGUCAGCUCUCAGUGUUUCAAAACAAAAGGAGCUAACAAGAUGCCCACUGUUCAAUCUACCCCCGCAACCAUGAGCUCCCGAGGAGAAAAGGGUGUCCGUCGUCCGUUUGGCAACAUCAACGUGAAUCGAGCUGACACAAACCAAACCAAUAGCAGCAGCAAACCGGCCGUCACCAAGCCCACUCAUCGCUCUGUACAAUCCUUCCCUCCUCCUGCGGUAGUGCAUCGAUCAUCGACGACUGUCACUCUUGUAAAUACGGAUACAAUUCCUGUGAGCUCUUCGAGGGAUGAUCCUACUUGUGAAUCUAGACAAGCCCCUUCCAUUUUUCGCGAUAAUGCCGGUGAAGAACGGAUCGACGCAUCGGAAGAUGUUCUCUCGCUCAAACUAGCCAAUCCAGUGUCGGACUCGUGCGAAACAAGCGAGGAAGAGGAUAUUUGCUUACCAUUCAUGAGAAUCGACAAUACAGCCAUUGUUGAGGCGUAUGAUACCAUCCAACUGAGAGGUAUCUUUAGCCAGCGCAGCAGUAACACGGCAGCACUUCCAGAACAUUGGAGUCUAGAGCGUGCCAAUCCGAUUGUGGUUCCUGAAGAUGGCGACUUCCCCACUGGCGAGAUCUACCCUGAUCGAACACAGACGCUGUACACGCACUCUCUCCUUUCGGAAUCCAUGUUGAUCAUGGACAUGUUGAGCCCUCCAAUGGCUUGAUGGAUGAAGGAAGUUGUCUCUCAAUAUCAUACAAAUCAUACUUGAGUGUUCCGAAUCGAAUGUGUCCAUUUUUCGUUCAUACAAUACAUACAGUCAGAGCACCUUCUUUGAGAAAGCCGUUCGUUAAGUCGAGCCCUUUACUCGUUGAAUCCUCAUUUCAUUCCCUCUCAUAGCUACCGGCAAUGUAACAAUGUAUCUAGAAAGAAGUCAUCCUUGU